AUGACUUUGUGGCUGUGGUAACUACUGACAACCUCCAGCUGCGUUUGCCGCUGCUGUGACUGUCCUGCCUGGCCGCCCGGUGUCUGAUACGCUGCUCCCCUGCUCCUUCCCUGGAUCCAAAGCCCGCCUCGGCUACCGAACUCCCAGUGAAUGCACUAGUCAGCAACCAUGACAGGCAUCGCCGCCGCGUCUUUCUUCUCCAACUCCUGCAGGUUCGGGGGCUGUGGGCUCCAGUUCGAGUCUCUGGCCGAGCUCAUCGUCCAUAUCGAGGACAAUCACAUCGACACAGAUCCUCGUGUUCUGGAGAAACAGGAGCAACAACAGCCCACUUACCUGGCCCUGAGCUACAUCAACAGGUUCAUGACGGAUGCGGCGCGUCGGGAGCAGGAGACCUUGAAGAAGCGGGCCACGCCCAAACUUUCCCUGUCAAUCACAGGGGGUGUGUCUCGAAACAGCGUGGCCACGCCUCCACGCCACAGCAACGGCAACCUGACUCCUCCCGUGACUCCACCCAUCACACCCUCCUCCUCCUUCCGUAGCAGCACACCCACAGGCAGUGAGUAUGAUGAUGAGGAGGUGGACUAUGAGGAGUCAGACAGUGAUGAGUCCUGGACCACGGAGAGUGCCAUCAGCUCGGAGUCUAUCCUCAGCUCCAUGUGUAUGAAUGGAGGGGAGGAGAAACCCUUCGCCUGCCCUGUGCCUGGCUGCAAGAAGAGAUACAAGAAUGUGAACGGUAUUAAAUACCAUGCCAAGAACGGCCACCGGACACAGAUCCGUGUGCGGAAGCCCUUCAAGUGCCGCUGUGGGAAGAGCUACAAGACGUCCCAGGGCCUGAGACACCACACCAUCAACUUCCACCCGCCCGUCUCCGCCGACAUCAUCCGCAAGAUGCAGGGCUAGAGAUGAUCAUCGUGACAACCCCUGGUCACACCCCACCAUGUAUACCCCCCCAAACCCUAUUCCUCACCAGCACUACCCACCCAACCACCCCAAACCUUUUCAAUUGUCAAUAUCCACCUCACCUCUCCCAACCACCCAAACCCAAACCCCUAUCCCUUCUGGCCCAACAUAGCGGUGACAACCCAAACCCCUAUCCCUUCUGGCCCAACAUAGGGGUGACAACCCAAACCCCUAUCCCUUCUGGCCCAACAUAGGGGUGACAACCCAAACCCCUAUCCCUUCUGGCCCAACAUAGGGUUGACAACCCUAUCCCUUCUGGCCCAACAUAGGGGUGACAACCCAAACCCCUAUCCCUUCUGGCCCAACAUAGGGUUGACAACCCAAACCCCUAUCCCUUCUGGCCCAGUCUUAGGGGUGACAAUGCAAACCCCUAUCCCCUCUGGCCUAAUCUUAGGGGUGACAACCCAAACCCCUAUCCCUUCUGGCCCAAUCUUAGGGGUGACAACCCCUAUCCCCGCUGGCCUAAUCUUAGGGGUGGCAACCCUUAUCCCCUCUGGCCUCUAAUCUUAGGGAUGACAACCCCUAUCCCGUCUGGCCCAAUCUUAGGGGUGACAACCCAAACCCCUAUCCCCUCUGGCCCAAUCUUAGGGGUGACAACCCAAACCCCUAUCCCCUCUGGCCUAAUCUUAGGGGUGACAACCCAAACCCCUAUCUUAGGGGUGACAACCCCUAUCCCCUCUGGCCUAAUCUUAGGGGUGACAACCCAAACCCCUAUCCCUUCCUGCCACACACUAAAGGAUCUAGUGCAUGCUUUAAGUUGUUUAGACUUUGUCUUGUAUUAUGUUAUAUGGUUUUGACAUGCUAUCUCUAUAGGCUUAGUUUUGUUGUUGUACAUUUGCACAUUCUCAUGCUAUCACAACAAUUGUCCUUACUUUUUGUAUUGACAUACGGUGCUAACUGUAAAAAAAAAAAAAGAUAUAUUAAAAAAAGGGGAGUAAUGUGAGAGAAGGAUGAGGGCAAUAGGAGGAAGGAGUGGAUGGAUGGAGUUGUGUUUAACAGUCUAUAUAUAGAUAUAUAAACAAUAGAUGUGUGUGUAUAUACAAAUAUAUAAGUAUUCAUAACCAUAUACAAAAUAGUUGCUUUAUUUUAUACUUUAUUUUUCAAUAUAUUUUCCAGAUAUUUUAUCGAUAAGUGUGUUUCAUUCCUCAACCCCCUGAGACAAUCUGUUCUGUGGUGUCAUAGUUCAAAGUUGAAACAGCUAGGUGACCUCAGGUCUAGAUAUUCCCAGCAGCAAAAAACAAACUGACUAGGGCUUGAAUUCUAACUUCAGAUCUGUGUACAAAAAAAAAUGGUUUCUCCUAUUGCUAUUUAAUGCACGAUUUGCGCUGAAGUUACAUGCAGAUUUCAUGUUAUCAUUUGGCCCAUAUAGAGAAACAGAGAAAGUAUUGAAUCGCUUCAUUCUCACUGUUAUAGGACUGAUCCCCAAUGAUUCCGGAAUGUAUUGUCCAUCCUGUAUUCUAGAAGGUUAUUCCAGACUAGUGUGAGCAGACCAGUUGAGGCAUCAUACUGUAUUCUAGAAAGUUAUUCCAGACUAGUGUGAGCAGACCAGUUGAGGCAUCAUACUGUAUUCUAGAAGGUUAUUCCAGACUAGUGUGAGCAGACCAUGCUCUAUUCUAUUCCAUUUGCCAAGUAUUGUUUCUGGUUUCUUUUCCAUGAUCAUUGCCAACAGCUCUCUACUGCCAAACAUUGACAUUACCAUGUGCCUGAGGGGGGAGAGAGACUGUCAUAAGGUUUCAUCUUAGAGACUCGCAAAAGUGUCAAGGAAAUACUGUCUCAUUGCCUCUCAAGUGUGACUGUGUGUGCAUGCUUUUGUCUUAAAGUAUGUGUGUCGAGAGAUUUACACCUGCAACCUUUGGUUGCCUUGCGUUGUAGACCACAGCAUUCCAGUAGUCAGUGUGAGUUGCUUCUUAGGAGAGUCUUUCUGCAGUAUCUGAGCUUCUAGUGUUAUUCUUCUUUCUCUGUUAGUCCUCUAUAGUGUUACAAUUUAUGGCUGAGGCUCAAAUGUCAGUGCCAGGUCACUGUGAGAGUCCCAAAUUGCACCCUAUUCCUAUGGGCCCUGGUCAAAAGUAGUGCGCAAUAGAGUGCCAUACCAAGGCCAUUGCUCCUGUAGAGCAGGAGAGUGGUGGACAUGUGAUCCAGUUUGGAUAUCAUGCUUUCAGAGUACAGCGGAGUGGUGGAAUGUCAGUGGUGCCAUUUUGUCAAAACAUUUCUAACCUGUCAUUCAGUUGUGUGAUGAACCCCCACCACACACGGGUGUGGCAAAGUGCCGUUAAGGUCAGGGCCCGUAUUCACAAAGCAUUUCAGAGUAGGAAUGCUGAUCAGAUUUUCCUUUUAAAAUUGUAGGAGGGGGGGACCUGAUCCUAGAACAGUACUCCUACUCUGAGAUGCGUUGAACACAGGCCCAGGAUACAAGACAGAAAGAAAAUGGCAGUGAAAGAGGAAGGUAGCAUCGUUGGGGUAGUGUUUUUGUGUGGCGUUCCGGACUCUGUGCCGGGUUUUCCGUACUUGGAAGCCUUGGCUCCGUAGCAGCUUUCUGGCAAGGGAUCGGAGACGCAGGUCGCCAUGGUUACACUUUAACAGGGCGACUAACAGUAUUAGUGGGGAUGGGAGGAUUACAUUAGCCGUGUGUGUAUGAGGGGGACUAUUACUGUGUACAGUGAAUGUAUUGUAAUGUGUGUCUUAAGUGCUUUUAAAUUAUAUUUUCAUAUGUUUCCUAUUUGUGCAGAGGUUAUGAGUAGGGAGACCUGUGUACUAUGUCAAACUGUCUUUAUAUACAAGAAGCUGCUUCAUAAAUGUAAAACGCCAUGACAUAAAAAAACUCUGGAGCCCA